AUGUCUCAACCUACAGAAUCAGGUGUCCCACGUAGGGUGCCGCCGUCACGUCGCAAGGUCGAAAACCCUGCUCCUCCUCUAGACAGGGGCAAAGCAUGUCUCACCUGCCGGCGUCGUAAGAUGAGAGGUGAUGGGGCCCGCCCAGUGUGCGGCCAAUGUAGCCGCGCCGGCAAACCAUCGGAUUGCGAAUACCUCAACGCUGAAGGCCGAUCCCGCACAAUAAUCCUAGAAGAGAGGAUCGCCGCGCUUGAACACCGAAUCCGUGAAUUCGAAGACCCCGAAGCCGUGUCCGCCUCAGAGAUCCUGCUACACGACCCUCUCCAAGGUGUUCCCGUCCCACCUUCACCUUCCAUGUCCGCCCAUUCCAGCAGCCUCUCCCAUAGCUCGACUGCGUCAAUCGAGCCUGCUCCGUUGCUCGAUCACUCCGCUUUCGAUACUUGGUUUUCAAGCGGGGAACAACGGGCAUCGUGGAAUGUGCCGUUGCAUCUUCCAGCGUCUCAGCCGGGGACUUCGAACGUGGGGCCGCGGGAUGAGCAGGGACCGGUGCUUCAGCUUGGCUGGUUUCUCCACACAGACCGAUUCCACAGCGCUGCUGCCCUCCCAGCGAACCAUCAGGGCCGACCUAUCCCUCUCUUGAUAUCCACCGUUUGCCUUUGGGUCGUCGCUCUCUCGACCACUGAAUCUACCGAUAGCGCCUCUAAUCAGGAGCGGGCCCUCGUGGCACGGACCCGCUCUUUACUCGGCGCCGAUCUAUCGAAGAUCACCCCACAACAGAUCAUACAAUUCAUCCAGGCCAAGGUUUUAUUCGCGACCUAUCUUUUCCAUAUGGGUGAGCUCCGCGAAGGUCGACACCAUUGCAGCUCAGCAGCGACGAUGGUCGUGGCCUGCGGUCUGCACAAGAUUCGGUCGAACCAUCCGCUACGCUUGGAUGACCCCUUGGAUACCACGGUCAUCACACUCCCUGAGCCUAUAGACUCGGUCGAGGAAGGCGAGCGCCUGGAUGCCUUCUGGACAGUUUUCACGAUGGAUAGGGCUUGGGCGGUUGUCCUCCACUCGCCCACCAUCAUCUCGGACGAUGACCACGUCGGCGCUCAGGUAGAUUCACCGUGGCCUUUGGACAUGGAGAGCUACGAGAAUGGACAGAUAUAUCCUAAUCUUCGCACGAGCGGUACGCUCCGCAUCUUCCUCAAUGGCUUUAACACGAGCUGGCCUUGGGAGAAUCAGUCUACUCUUGCACUUCUGAGUAAAGCGUCUGCUUUAUUUGAGCGUGCUUCGCGUCUCUCGAACUCUUGGAGACCUGACUCGCCAAACGCCACCGCCUUCUACGCAGAGUUCCUCGCCCUAGACCAACGUAUCGACGACUUCAAGACCCAACUCUUCCCACUCGCAGUCACAGCCGCAGCCGCCGACAUCCUCUCCGAAAACCUGCGCAUGCACCACCUUGUCCAUUCUCUCGUCCACUCCGCCACAAUCCAACUUCACCUACCGUUCUCAGCCCACUCUGAGGCCUCGAGGGCGAAGUGUUUGAGUGCGGCAAUGGGAAUCGUAGACGCUAAUGUGGAGGCGAGGAUGGGCGGUUUGCCUGCUGUGCACCCGUUGCUGGCGAUGAUAUGGUCGGGCGUGUGUCGUGUGUUCAUUGACAAACUUGCGUCACUGCCAGCGCUGGCAGCUAGUUCAUCCUUCGCUGUAUCGGACGGAGGACUGGAGCUCGGGGCAGCAGUCGAGAAGAUCAUUGCCACUAUGACAGUUUUCGCCGUGUCUUGUCCCCUGAUGAAUAUACAGCUCGCUAAGGUACAACAGGCCUACGGAGCGAUUUGA